CAUGCUGGCCCCCUACAUCCCCAUGGACGGCGACUUCCAGUUGGGCGGGGCCGAGCCCCAGAGGGGGCGGGGCCUGCGCCGCCCCGGCCCCGCCCACAAGGCCGAGGCUCCGCCCCCGAGGCCACGCGCCCGCAGCUUCCCCGGGCGAGGCCCCGCCCCCUCCCGGGCUGGCCACGCCCUCCCGAGAUGGGGCAGCGACCCCGCCCUCGGCCACGCCCCGCGGCCACGCCCUGCUAGGAAGAGGCCGCGGGAGCCGAGCGCGGAGGAGCCGGGAGCCCCCCUGAAACGGGCGGAGCUGGACCCCCAACUGCUG